AUGGGCGAUCCACUAUCCGUUGCCGCUAGCGUGGCUGGCCUACUGUCUCUCGGCUUGCAGAGUACGGAGUAUCUUUACAAGUACUACACCGCGUGCCGAGAUCAACAUCGGGAUCUCGCCAAAAUCGCAGACCAACUCGGUGGCCUUUAUCAAUCCGUCAAAACUAUCGACAAGGUUGUGCACACCCGCACCUGGCGGCCCAACGAGCAGUCAAUCAUACAAGAUAUUGAAAAGUCUGUCACCCGCAGUGAAACGGCUAUAAGAGGGUUAGAGGGUGAAGUCGGCAAAUUUAAAAAUGAGCCCAAUAGUGACUGGGGGAAGAAGGCAGUGGUGGUUGGGCGACGGGCGGCGUAUCCAUUCAAGAGAAGCACUUUAGAAGACCUUGGCGACGACGUCAACGAUUUUCGCGACAACUUGUCGAUCGCGUUACAGGCGCUUCAGCUAAAAGAGCAUCAGAAUACACAAGACGACAUCGAGGAGGUCAACACUCUCGUCAGGGCAAUACAAGCACGAAGUGUCAGUGCUGAUCUGCGGCAGUGGCUGAGGGCACCUGAUGCAACAGUCAACUUUAAUGUCGCCGUUGCCAAACGACAUGCGAGCACUGGGAAGUGGUUAGUCCAGGGUACAGCCUAUACCACAUGGCUACAGCAGGGCAAUUCGUUUCUGUGGCUGUAUAGCUUCGCUGGCUGCGGAAAGUCCGUGCUGUGCUCGACGGCGAUCCAGCACGCCUUUCGCCGCCGACAAGUGUCCGCCGACAGUGCGGUCGCCUUUUUCUUCUUCGACUUUCGAGACGAGUCAAAACAAGAUGCGUCCGCGAUGAUACGAGCAUUACUACUCCAACUCUGUGGGCAGGUUCCCGGUCUGGAAUCAGAGUUGACCCGGCUAAAAGAUUUUUAUAAUCAUGGUACUCCACCAGUUCAUGUCUUACUUGAAUAUCUGCAACAAGCCGUUGCUCGGUGCCGUCAUAUCUACAUUUUGCUCGAUGCGUUGGACGAAAGCCCUGAGGAGAUCUCGCGAACUGAAGUUCUAUCGGUAAUCAAUAACCUACGACAAUGGCAGCUGCCAGGCUUGCACUUGUUGGUCACCAGUCGAGAUGUUCCUGACAUUCGCAACCGUCUGAAAGUUCCGACACUCCAGCAGGACGUCGAGCAUAUCUCAUUAAAGACUGACGGCAUUCAGCAAGAUAUCUCGCAGUAUGUGGCAUUUCAAAUCGAACAUGACCCUCAGCUUCAGCGCUGGGGGGACCAUCGAGAGAAGAUUAAGAGCUAUCUUACCAAGCAUGCGGGUGGAGUAUUUCGUUGGGUCGAAUGCCAGCUUCGGCCGCUACGGCAGUGUCCUCAAAGUGAGAAACAUCUCGAAAGGUGUCUACGCAAACUGCCACAAUCCCUUGACGAGACAUACGAACAAAUACUAUGCAGCAUCGAGUCACGAGAAGAGGCGCAGCAGAUCCUGUCGUUGCUAUGUUUUGCAUCACGACCGUUAUCAGUCGAAGAGGUCGUCGAAGCUCUUGCAGUUGACAUUGACGACCUUGAGUGUUAUGACCCCAGGAGUAAAUUCAGUGGCGGUGCAGAAGACGUCCUUCGAAUUUGUCCUGGUCUCAUUGACAUCACUCCCCGUGGAGAUGGUGUUCAGAUGCUCCGAAUUGAGCAUUUCUCAGUUCAGGAGUAUCUCCUGUCUGAUCGCAUCCGUGACGGUCGAGCGGCCAGCUUCGCUUUGUCAGGCCCAUCGCAGCAUGGGCGGAUCAGCAAAGCCUGUCUACUAUAUCUCCGACAUGAUGAAUUCCUGCAACAGGUUUUGGGCCCCGAUCUCGUGAGACAAUAUGCCUUUGCAAAAUAUGCUGCGGAGCAUUGGCACCACCAUUAUCGCCAAGCUGACAGCCAAUAUGCCCAACAGUUGUCAAAGAUGGUUUGUAAUCUGUUAAUGACGCGCUGUACGAAAGAACGUUGGCUUCGGCUACACAACCCAGAUGAUAUAUUAUCAACCGACGUGGAUUACAAGACAGUCGCUGAAGAUUAUCCUUCGGCAACAUACUUUGCUUCUCUUCUUGGCCAAGACGAAGUGUUGCUGUUUAUUCUAUCUAUAUCAGCGGCAGGUGUUAACGCACAAGGGGGCUACUAUGGUAACGCACUACAGGUGGCAUCAAUGCGUGGCCACGAGAAGAUAAUGCAGAUCCUACUCGACGCGGGUGCCGAUAUCAACGCACAAGGGGGCUACUAUGUGCAGAUCCUACUCGACGCGGGUGCCGAUAUCAACGCACAAGGGGGCUACUAUCGUAACGCACUACAGGCGGCAUUAUACGGUGGCCACGAGGAGAUGGUGCAGAUUCUACUCGACGCGGGUGCCGAUAUUAACGCACUACGGGCGGCUUCAAGAGGUCGCUACGUGAAGGUAGUGCAGAUGCUCACUGGACGGCAAGGAAUGUCGUUGUAA